AUGAGACAAGAUCCAGUCCCUGACCCUCCGCCCCAGCGCAGUGGAACAAGGCACAUGCCAGUGCACUUGGAGAGGACACACCUUGUUACUUUUGCAGUUCUGGUGGCUGCUCAUGCCCUCACCCUCGAAGCACGUGCCAAGGAAAUACAGGUGGCACGAGGGAACAACGUUACUCUCCACUGUCAUUUUCAAACUGAGGCUUUUUUUGGCUCAGGAGAUGUUGUUUUCUGGAGGAAAAUCAAUAGUGCACUAAAUCAAGAUGAUUCUGUCACUAGGUAUUUUGAUGGACUUGUACAGUGUGGCAAGGGCUAUGAAAACCAUAUACAAUUUAGUGGUGAUGUAAACAAAGAGAACAUCAGUAUCACCAUCAAUGCAGUGUUGACCAUGGAAGACAAUGGGACAUACGCAUGCAACGUUUGUCUGCGGAAUGACACCCCCCCCGCCAAGCAGACUGCAACCUUGGCUCUUUUAGUCCUUGUUGCACUAUCCAAGCCAGAAUGCAAGAUUUUGGGGAUAGCAGAAUAUGGACUCAAUCUGACCUGCACUUCUCAUGAGGACUCCCCAAACCGACAGACCUGGCAAAGCUUCAAUGUACAAAAUAAACCUGAAAUCCUAAGAGCUGCAACAGGGGAACAGACAACUCUGAAGAACAUCUCAGCGGAUACUUGGUUUUACAUCUUCAUUUCAACCAACAUUGCAGGAAAGGAAUUUUGCAAGAUGACAGUCAGCGUUGUACCAGUGUCCAUGAACAUAGUUCUUUACGCUGGCAAUGGUGGGACCAUUGCUGCACUUACAGUUAUCGGUAUUUUAGCCUAUUGCUGCUGCUGUUGGGUGGACAAAGACAGGAACUAUGACAUGACGGGGUGAGAAGCUAGAAACGAACCCUCUAAGGAGAUGCCUACGAGGAAUUGGAGAGCAGAGGAUGAUGUUGAAGAUGAAUGA